AUGUACGCGGAUGCGCGAAGCCCGCCAACAAUGAAAAAGGUCUUUGUCGGUGUGGUUAUAUGGGUUCUAUCGUAUGGAAGAAAUGCUCUGUCACCGCCUGUGAUACCAAUCCAAGAAACUCCGCCUGAACCAGCCACGGAGACAGAACAAGUAGCGACGUUUGAUCAAAAUCCGUCCAUUCAUCAUCCACAAAUAAAUUAUGAGAAUUAUCAACAAAUUUACCUCCCCGAUGAUGAUUCAUUAUGUGAACCAUCGGCACCGUAUGCAAGUGACUUAAGCGAAACAUCGUCAGGUUCUUCAGAUGAAAUGGAGCCACCAGAUGAUUUUAUUUGCUUUACAACGGACGAAAUAAUGCAGGCAAUAGCAUCAUCGACAAAAGAACCUGAUCUUGUUUGUCUGGCAAAACCGUUGAACAAUUCGGAUUCUGUAAGUCCUUUUACCUAG